AUGGACAAGUCGACUCUGGCGCCUCUCUUAUGGCCCCCACUCCCUCAUUCCACACGGCUUCGAUAUUUCGUUAUUAUAUGUUUAAUCAAGAUUUAUCUUGCGGUCAGCUGGUCAUUUCGUAGACUGCUUGUCCUGUUUGGUCACGCACCCAUAUCAAGUGGUAAACCAACAUUCUCAAAGGUCUACCCAUGCAGACCAAAGCUCAAACACCGAGUUUUCCUGCCCAAGUCCUACAAACCAGGCGAAUCUCUCCCCUUAUACAUUAAUAUCCAUGGCGGGGGGUUCGCCCUCGGCACCCCUGGACACGACGACGAGUUUUGCAUCUUCUUCUCCCAUCAUUUCAAACUCCUCGUCAUCAGCAUCGAUUACUCCCUCGCACCAUGGACCGUCUUCCCCGGGCCCACCCAAGACGUGGCUGCCGUCGUGCUUGCCAUACUCUCUGAUAACGCCCUUCCCAUCGACCACUCCCGCGUUGCCAUCGGCGGCUUCAGUGCGGGUGGCAAUCUCGCCCUUUCCGCAUGCCAGCUACCGGCUCUCCAGGGGAAGAUCAAAGCCGCAAUCCCGUGGUACGCCCCCGUUGACUGGAGCGUUGGUUAUGCUUACAAGCUGGCCUCGCGGCCAUACCAGCGCCCUACGGACAUCGAUGGGUUGGCGGCAGUGGCGCCAGUUUUAAAUAACGUGUAUUUAACAGCCGGUACAGACCAGAGGGAUCCGCUACUUAGUAUUAUAUAUGCAGACAGAGAGGUACUACCAACAUGGGUUUAUGCAAUUGGGGCUGAGUAUGAUAUGUUGUGUGACGAGGCCAGGAGGAUGAUGGCAGGGCUAGCGGGACUACGGGAGCUUACAGAGAGCGAAAAGGAAGCUUUUAGGAGCGAGGGAGGCAGGCUGCGGUGGACGAUGGUGAAAGGAGUAAAGCACAGUUUUACACAUUGGUGGUUAAAGAAAGGGAAGGCAGCGAAUGCGGCGAGACCAUUGGCGGAGAAAUUGUUCAUGGACGCAGGGAUGUGGUUGACGGAACAGGCUUUUGCAGAGCAGAAGUGA